GAAUGGAACCAUUGCUUAUUGAUGAAGAUCAGCAACAGAAGACUAAAAGGGGGUGGGGAACAGCUGCACACUGGAAGAUCGCUUGUUUGCUCACCAUGGCUGUCUUGCUGGCCCUGUUAUUGAUAUUUAUUACGCUGUCUGUAUCAGGACGAAGGCUAUGCGGGGCACAGAAAGGUAAGACAUACGUUUGAAGAAAGAUGUUUAUAUGCGGUUAUGGCACCAAAAAAUUGGCUUGUACUGCGCGCAUAUAAUUUCAGCGAUUAUACCUUAUCCUCCCACUCAGUAGAAGUGUUUGGGUCAGCAUCUGUUUGGCUGAUGAAUCACUCGUUCGUAACGCAUAAGCUGGGAAGUUACCAAAAUGUUGCAAAACGACUUCUUACUGCUAUUUGAAGUUCAUAGUUGCGUUAGUUGCCCUUUUGCAGCUUCUUGUGGAAUGGAGUUUUAAGCUUCUUGCGUUUGAAACGUCUUGCCGAUGUCCUGCAUUUUCUCUUCUUUGACUCACUCGGGCAUUCCUGCGCCAAUUAAUGCGGUUCUUGCGCAACUAUCAUGCAUCAGUCAAUGCAACGCAUCUGCUAACUCCCUCUCCCCUUCCCCCCUUGCCAAGAAAAAGCGGCCUCAGUAAAGAAAAGAGCCGGCCUUCAAAUUUGGAGAAUGCUAAACUUUUUCAGUGAGGCUCAGCUCUUUUAUUUCAGUCAGUAAAACGUCUGGUUCGCUCAAGGGCCCAAAUCAUUACCGAGAACCUUGUUGAAGUCCUAAAUGGAAUAACUGUCCUAAAUGUAAUAAAGUCCUAAAUGUAAUAACAUUUGGUCCUAAAUGUAAUAAAGUCCUAAAUGUAAUAAGUCUCCAAUGCAAUCAUUUAACUCCUUCAGCGCAUUGUUGUUAUGGCGGACAUCCACAUUGAAAUGUUAGAGACGGGCUCGCUGAUAUCAAUCAGCGUUUUUUUACUUGUUAGACAUAAGAAAUAUCAGCAGUCGAAGUAUGGUCCUUAAAGUGGUUUAUUGAUCGAGUUGAAGAAAAUCAUUUCCAGCCCAAAGUGGGCUAGUGCUUGGCUGGAAGAUCAAUAGGAUGGAAUCGAUUGGUACGUAAUCAUUAAGUUUUUUUGGAAAAGAAAUUGGCUACAAUUGAUGAUGAACUAGCAUGCUAUUGUUGAUGUUAUCGUUAGUAGUGAUGCACCGUUUUAGAGCAGUUUGGAUGAUUUCGCUGUGCCACAUGUCAAUCCAAAUGAAAUUUAUUAUUAUCAGUACUGAAACGUUACUGAAAUUUUGCACAUCAAUGUUAUUAAGUGUCAAUUGAUUUUAAUGAAGCAUUUGAGUCCAUUUUUAAGAAUGACUAUCCUGAUUUAUUCAAUUUUGAACCUGGAGUAUUGCAUUUCUAGCCCUCUAUGGCUUUACUCCACCUCAGUAAUCAGUUCAUGUACCAUAUGACUAUAAGUGGAAACUGUUGAGCUUUCUUUUUUCGUUCAUCUAUUUAUCUAUUCAUUUUCUCCCCUCACGGUGGAGAUGAAGAGAAAAAAUGAAAUAUUAUAAGAUAUAUUUAUAAAUAUAAAAAAGUACUCGGCCAAUAUCCAGCCAUUUUGACCUCACGCUUGGUCAAUAACGCACAUGAAUAUAUUUUAUGCAGACCUGUACAAAUCUGGCAAGGGAAGACAGUACAAAAAAUGCCCUUCCGAGCCCAGAAUUUGUCUAACGUAUGAGUCGGUGGACUUCCUUUUCCUUGUAAUUCGGUUCAUGAAGUGUUAACUUCAGCACUGAUGACAGAGGUAUAUCGUCAAAGUCUUUCACACUUAAGAGUCUGAGCCAAUGAUAUAAAGAGAGCUAUUGGUCAACGUUCUCAUUGCUUUUGCGUACGUCAAUUUGAUGCCAAAAGCACACCAGUAUCAGUAUAAGGUUUUGUAGCCAAUGCUUCUCAACCUACGUCUUUAGCAAAUAAAAAGACGCUGAUUAAUAUCGGUGAGCCCGCAAUAUUCCAUGAACAUUGGUCAGAGGAUUCUUUAGUGCAACAGCUGUCACUUUAACAUCUCAAUGUUAGCGCAGUUAAACGAUUGCAUAGGAGGCUUGUUACAUUUAGGACCGAACGUUAGUACAUUUAGGGCUUUAUUACAUUUAGGACCAAAUGUUAUUACAUUCAGGACUUUAUUACAUUUAGGACAGUUACUACAUUUAGGACUUCAACAAACCUUGUUCCGCAUACGUAAACAAUCAGUUUUUUUAACAUCUUCAUUUAUCAUUGCUGUCCAUAAAAAAACUGGACUCAAUAAACGAAGCCAUUGAAGCUUUGUCCAAUCGCCUUGACUGGCAAGACAAACAAAUUGGAGAGGAUCUCGUAAAUUUGAAUGUUACGAACACAUCUCAAAGAACAACGGUCUUGGAAAUGCAAGGUUUGUAUAUUUAGAACUUGUAGUGGUGUUUCUUUAAUGAGGUUUUGAUUGGUGAAAAGGUCAUAGCUAAUGUGAAGGUCGUUUUUGUCAUCUAAAUAGAUGUGCCUGCUCUAAGUUGAUAAACCAGCCUUCCUUGUUUUAAAAGAGUCAGUUUUAGGUCAAAUGUGUUAACCUGUUUUGAAAACUUGAUGAUUUAAACAAAAAAAAAUUUAGAGAGCUUUAAUGUUUGCAUUACAGCUGCUGGAGCAUUUGGGCCGUAAUAGGAGGGGUUAGAAUCCUCACCAGGAAACCCAGUUUGUCCUUUGUCCUUGGCACUUAAAUGGGUUAUCGCUUGCGUUAAAAAUCCUUUUCUAUUUGUCAUGAUUGUCUACAGAAAAGAUGGACUCAAUGUACAAAGCCUUUGAAGCAUUGUCCAAACGUCUUGACUCACUGGACGUAAAUAUCGGAAGAAAACUGGAUUUAGUAAAUGUCCAUGUUAAGAACGCAUCUCAGAGGACAACUGCUUUGGAAAUGCAAGGUAUGCAUUUUAAGUCGCAUAUAUGCGAGUGCAUUGGGCCUCUUUUUCCACUGCUCAUCUUAAGGUCCUUGAAGAAACUGAAGACAAUGAACAAAACCAUCGGAAGCCUUUUCUAAAAGGUUCGAUGGUUGAAUUUCAUUUGGUAGGGGAUCUGGGCUGCAGCUCGAAUGUUCACAACGUGCCAUAAAUUUUCUUUGCACCACCUACGUGUGUUAUCAGCCAUUUUAGCUUUUAUUUUGUCGCGAUUGCUUACAGAUAACCAGGACUCAAUGUUCAAAGCCAUUGAAGCUUUGUCCAAACGCUUCGACUCCCUGGACGCAAAUAUCGAACGAAAAUUGGAUUUAGUAAACGUGAAUGUUAAGAACAUGUCUGAAAGGACGACUGCUUUGGAAAUGAAAGGUAUGUAUAUUUACAUUGAUUUUCAACUUGGGUUGUAUUGCUUUUGCUUUAAUGCGGCUAAUGAUUGAUCUAUGAAGGAAACUUGGGCCUCUCUCUCAACCAAGGAGAUGCAAAACAGAAAACAAGUCUGACUCAAUGAUGAACAUUUCUCCUACUUGUGGCUGUUGACGUUGAGUCACCAAUCCUCCCUUAUGACAUCAUUUUCCUACACAGUUAAACCUGCAUCAAGAGGUCAGCCACGAAGAAUGGCUGGCGGUUGCCGCGUAAGGCCGCGUAAAAACGAUGUGAAACGCCAAUUUCAAGAGCAAAAAUUUUACCAAUACGCAAGUGGACAUUACGCAUCUAACGCAUGUUCAAGGAUGUAAUGUAACACAAUCCGAUCGCAUCCAACCCUUGCUUGCGAGUGGCUUGGUGAUCUUUGGCUUCACUUCUUUGAAUGUACUCCAGACAAACACUCUAUCAACACACGUGGGGAACCUCUCGAGAAAUUCAAUAUUAUGUCCUGAAAGUAGACUUUCAAAAGUGUAAAAUAUUUAUUUGACAGUUCGAUUUAAUUUCAUUUAAAUAUACUUGCAUGUCAAAAUCCCAGUGUUUGGGAAAUCUCAGAUAUUUUUUCCUUACGCAGAUAACCUUUAAAACCACUUUGUAAAUUAUGUGAAAAUUACAAUCACGCAGGGCAGCGUAACUUGGAAAUAGUACUCGGAAACAGCGGUAAUCUCUCUGUGAAAUUCAUUUUGAUUCAGUCCGUAAGAAUCGAAAUUUGUUUGAAAAACUUUCUUUUUUGACAUUUCGAAAUCACACCAUGAACCAAUAUGUUUUUUUGUCUCACGCAUUUAUUAUUGAAAGAUUUUAAGAUCUUUGUCUAUGUCUUUCAAUUUCUUCCGGAAGACUGGCUCCAAUUCACAAAACAAUCGAGGCGUGGUACACAAGUCCUCACUCGUUUAACAAAAGUGUCGUAAGGAAACUGGAUUUCGUGAUUAAGUCAAUCGAAGAGCUCUCUUUGCAAUUUAAGAACACAUCUGAAACGAUAAAGGCAUCGGUCAUGCAAAGUAUGCAUCUUUAAAAUAAUUUUCACUUUCGUGUUGUAAGUAAUGUAGGAUUGCUUGAUUUUGCUUUACCGCCCUUUGCAAACUCGCAUCACCCUAGCUAGCCAAUCAACUAUUAUGAUGUAAAAAUAAUCAUGGUACAAUCAGAGAUGAGAAACUUUAUAACAUUUUUCAAGAGAUUUAUGUUUUUCUUUAUUAAUCUAUAUUGACAUAUUUAUAUUCAUGAGUCUGUGUAUUUACAUGUAUCUAUCUAUCAGUCAGGAAAAUUUGUCCUUUGUUGAAAAACCUGAAGAAUGGUUUUUCACACAGUCAGAAAAACUGCACGGGGGAGUCUAUUUCAUUCAGUUGUAACUGUGGUCACUGGUUGAAUGGACCCUCAGAGCGUCUCUACCUGGUCAACGGUUCAUGGACGGGAGUGCAGCCAACUUGUGAAUUUAGUAAGAGUUUCACUCCAUAAUUAUUUAGAGUGUCUUUCGGGUAAGGUUAGUCCUGAAAAAAUUGUUAUUAGCCUUAAUGACAAUCGGAGACGAAGUAUGUCAUUGAAAGUAGUUAGUGCUGCAGAUGAAGCAUUGAGCAAAGUCCCAGUCAAUAGUGUGGUUUGUAGAUUGAUGAUGUUCCGGCAUUUGAUUUUUUUACAUCAUCGCUCGUUUAUGUUAAGUCAGUUUUCCGUUGAUGUACCUGCAAACCUCUGGAAUCCGGAAUCCCUAAUCUCGUUUGUGUGUAUCUAACUUUAGUCAGUC